GCGUCCUGUCAAUGCCGCGGACACACCGACACGUUUUAAUGCAAAAGAAGCUUUAUUAUCAUCCUUGAAUUGAAUCAAUAGGAAAUAACAAUCAGGUUUUAAUUUAUUAUCAAAUAUACAAGCAACUUUACUGAUCAUGAGAGGAGCUGCAGCCACGGAGAAUGAUGUGGAGGCGGAUGAUGUUGGAGGGAGUGGGGGAAGACGACCUAGUGUUGUGACGCUACAAAGUAUACUGAAGAAAGUUUCCCAAAGCCCCUUCCAUGAAUACCAGACUCUUGUUUCAUCACCCUCGGACACCAGUGAAUCAUCUUCGAACGAUUCUCAAAACAAACAGGAUGGUGAGUUCCUCAGUGAUCUCUCAGCUGCUGCAGACAGAAACAAGCUACACCUAGGACAGAAUGGAGGGCAGGAACUGCUCCAUUUAAAUCCUCAGAAUGGAGUCAGUGGGGGUUUGGCCAGAAUUAACCCUUUUUAUACUUAUUUUUUGGAAUCCAGCAGCAAAGAUCACAUAAUGGAGGAAGUUGUGAGGGAAACUUCAAAUGAAGUAAACCUUGAUACCAUCUUUGUCCCUCCACCUGAAUUUCAGAAUUCAUCUCUGGAUCUUCAGCCUGAAAUGAAGACUUUGGAAAAUGGAGCUGAAUUUUCUCAACUUCCGAAGGACCCAUUCCAGACCCUUACCCCCAACCUAAAGCAAGGUGGCUUCCAGACACCGACACUGGCCCAAAAUGCUUCUGCCAAUGGCCACUUUGUGGACGUAACCCUGAACUCACCAGACUUAUUUAAGCCAGUUACAGCUCAAACACAGAACCUCUCCAAAACCUCCGACCUGUUUAAAGAUGAAGAGGUUGAUCCUUUCAAGGCUGCUAGUGAGGUUAACCUCUUUGAUAAAUCUCCCAGUAGUUUUGUAAACCCAUUCAGAUCUUUAAACAAGGACGAUCCGUUCCAGUCUCCACAGACAAUGGCGAACCCAUUUGACACUACCACGACCAAAGAAGGGGAUUUGUUUCAAACAGGUCCAAAUGAAAGUAAGGAACUCUUUCACACCAAGGAAAGCAAACAAGAUCCCUCAACAAAAGAUGACCUUUUUGGCAAGCCUUUGUCCAAACAAAAUCUGGAUAUAUUUUCAUCUUCAUCCACGAAUUCAGUCGACCCAUUCCCAAGCCCAGUUGCAAGGGAUUUAUUCCAAGACGUUUCCAUUUCGGAUGACCCGUUUGGUACUACACCCUCAAGACAAUACGACCCUUUCCAAGAUGUUUCACCUGGGACUCCAGACAUCUUCCAGCCACUUCCCUCGAAGACUAACAGCAGUGAUAUAUUUGGGAUAACCCCCAGCAAUACGGCCUCUAAGGCCACAUUCUCUACACCUAUACUCAACAGCCCAUCAGAAGAGAAGUUGGACAUGCUAUCGUCACCAGAUCUCUUUAAGGCAACUCCUUCGGAAUCUCACCCAGCCAUCAAACCCAAGUUGCCCGACGAGCCACAUGAUAUUUUCUUGACGACUCCUCAAGGAACCGAACAUGAUAUUCUUCAGCCAUCUCCCUUCACUCGGGCCAGGAAUCUGUCCAUGUCUUUUGGAAGAUCUCCACCUGAGAUGACUCAUGUGCCAACCUUUAAACGUCCUCCAAAGCCACUUCCUCGAUCUAGACCACCAAGGCCAAACAAACCACCCAUGCCGGAAAAACCACCAAAACCAGAGAGACCACCCGCACCAGCAAAACCUAUGGAACCUGAACCAACUGUACCAAAAACCUCUCCAAAACCAGCCCUCAGAUCACUCCCAAAGCCAGUUAUUCCUCGCAGACCAAAAACUCCAGAAAGUAAACCAGUGGAACCUGUUGUCUACGAGGACAUCCUGCUUACUGGACAGGAAAAGUGUGUAGAGGACUGGCCUGAAGACAGCCCUCAGCUCAACCCUGACUUCAAACCAUCUGGAACCUUAAGACUACGCCGAGAAUCACUGAAAAAAAAGGUGGACUCUGAUGGAGGAAGUGGCGAGGAUCAGGAUGUAUCUGGGAGUCACAGCAAGAAAAAGGACAGGAAGGCCAAGUUGUCCCUUCUUUCCAGAAGAGGGUCGAAGUUUGCUGAUGACACAAAGGAGGCGAAGAGCAGGACACUACCCACCACUCGUAAAUCAUCAAAGGAGUAUUUUACAGAAUUUCACAUGUCUGCAGAAGAGUAUGAAGAUGAGCAGAAUGGGAUGGACUACAGAAAGAAACAUCUGAAGGCCAAAGUCAGUCAGCUGCUUAGAAGAGCAUCAACUACCUCCUACGCACUAGAAGGAAAACACAUGAACGGACAUUUACCUCAAGAAUCAAAGGGGACAGUUUUGGAUGACAGCACUUGUGAGGACGAGGAGGGAGGAGAAGCCCAGCACGAAGAGAAGAAAAAAAAGAAGGUGAAAAUCAAGUUUGUGCCACACAGAGGAUUUGCCAUCACUGUAGACAAGGGGGCACACAGAAACACACCACACAAAGGCUCAAAGGAUAAAACACAUGGUGAACUCUUGGGUGCACAUGGCUACACGCCUCGUGAGAAGUUUCAGGAUGAUGCUUUUGAGGAUGUGGAGGAGAUGAGUCUUCAGUCAACCAGCAAGGCUGCUUUCAUGGACGACGAGCACUUCCAGAAAACACGCCAUAUGUCUGCUGGAUUAAAUGGAGAUGAAGAUACAUGGGAAAUGGAAGACUGCAAACCUAAGAAACCAACAAAGACAAAGCUGCUGCACGGGGGCUUUCGAAGUUCUAAGGAGGACAUGCUGGAUGACCCCAGUCAUCAGAAAAAGAUGAGCAGCUUCUCGGCAGAGGAGUUAGACGAUGAAGACGAGAUGGAGGACUGCAAACCGAAAACGACCAAACCGAAAAUCCCGCCUCCCCUCCCACGCAAACCUAAGACAUCCAGUGGACAGAGUGAACCGAUUGGAUUCAGCUACCAGAUACCUCAGCAAGCAUCCAGUGAUCCCUUUGCUGAGGAUGACUUCACUCACACAGGAAGAGAUUUCAUGAAAGACAUGAUCGACAGCGAAGAAGAUGAACUGGAAACCUGCAAAUCGCAGAAGAAGCCAUCGAAACUUAAAGGCCUCAAAAAACACAAGGCUAAGAGCAAAGCAAUACAGGAGGAAUAUGAAGAUCCACCAGGAGCUGCGCCAAGUGACUUCCUGUCAGAGGCUGCAAGGGCGGAGUGGCUGGCUGCUCAGAAGGAUGAGCACGCUAUAGCAGGUCUGGAGGAUGAGGGUGAAGAUGGGGACACUGACAGUUUGAUGGAGUGGUGGAACACUGUGGAGCAAUGGGAUGAGGUGCCGUCAGACGAUGAGGACAAAGUGCUGAAAGAGGAUGAGUCUAAGUCAUUCACCAUCUUGGCAGACAAGGUUAGUCGCGGCCUGCGUGUUUUCAACAAAGUCUUCACAGAGCGAGCUGAGGUCCUCUGGCAGUCCGUUAUCACGCUCCACGCCAUCGCUGAUGACAUCAACAACUUCCACCACAAGGCCAAGAUCGCUGGCAUUACCGGUGGCACCACCACAGCCGUGGGUGGUGUGACCGCCAUCGCCGGUUUGGUUCUGGCACCCAUUACCCUUGGUGUCUCUCUGGUGAUUACCGCUGUUGGCGUGGGUGUGGCGACGGCUGGAGGAAUCGCUUCAGCCUCUGCUGCCAUCUCGGAUAACGUUAACAACAUGCAGGACCGGAAGAAGGUGGAGAUCGUACUGGAUGACUACGAGGCUGACCUGAGGGCCAUUGGGAAGAUCCUCCACUUUGUCAAUCAGGGCUUGUACAAACUGCGCGGCCAUCCCUUCCUCAGGUCCGGCACCCAGCACUACUCUAAGGACUGGGAGAUCCGCAGGGCCGUGCAGAUGAUCAGCUUAGUGGACUCGCCGGUCAUGCGAGGGGCAGAGAUAACGGACUCAGCGAUCGGCUCAGUCCAAGGACUCUUUAAAGGCAUGGACAAGUACUUCAUCAAGGACUCCAGAGAGCUGAAGAAAGGCUGCAAGAAAGAGGUGGUGGCUCAAAUAAAGGAGGUGGCAAAUGUGCUCAAUGACGUGGUGGUGGAGCUCAAUGCCAUCAGAGAGGAGCUACAGGAUGCAACUGGAAACAUGUGAGCAACAUCCUGCAUGAUACCAUUUUGACUGUAGUUAUUUCUCAAAAGAGCACUGACGCCAUCUUCUGGCUAAAUGAGGGAACUGCUGGUGUGAAGGAAGGCAUGGGUUCAGUCGGUCAGUACCUCCUGUUAAGUUAAAGAUAUUAAAAGAUUUGUCUCAUUAAUAUAUGUAUUAGUUUAAAAUGGCAGAUUUUAAAGAAGGUUAAACUACAAACAAUACGGCAUAUUCCAAUAAACUGUUGCAAUGCUGCGAAAGAUACAACCACUGUGAAGCUAAUAACGGUCACUAUCUUUGUUGUGGUUUUAGCAGAGAGGGGUUAAAUCAACUUUGGUAACUUCUAAGGCAGUUGUUUUAAAGGGUAGCUUGAGUACUUUUGAACCUGGGCCCUAUUUUCACAUGUUUUUCUUUUUGUAUGUUUUGGUAGCUUGGUAGCACUCGGGGCAAUCGUGCACCAUCAAUUUACGUCCAUUCACAGGCUCAGAUUAUCAUUAUUAUUAUUAUUAUUAUUAUUAUUAUUAUUAUUAUUAUUGUUCUAAGUGUCUGACAACAUAAUAGAAAGGAUCCCUACAGAGACAGACCUUUUCCUAAAGAGUAAGAUCCUUUUUGUUUAACCAUUAACAGCCCUGAAAUCACUAUCGCCAAACCCACCAGACUCCAUUUAAAUAAACCGUAAUUUUAUCAUUGUAUAUUGCACUUCAUUCAAAGUUGACAGAAGCAAAAUAAAACUCACAAAACCCAUUUUGGUGUAGCUCUCCACUGUUCUAACAAUCAACAACUCUGGUUUGGUUGAAAUAAACCCUUAAUUCACCCAUUUAGAUGUGAAAAUAGGUUGGCUCUAUACAUGCUAAAAUUAGUGAUGGCCAAAUGAAGCCUUAUGAACCGCUUUCUUUAUUUUCUGACCCCACCAGAUAGCGCUCUUGGUUUAAAGCUAAAGGCUGAAGGACUGGCAAUGAAGUGUGCUUUCAAACCUUUGUUGAACAGACAGCGCCAUCUAGUGGCUUCAGAAAAUAAAGACAGUGGUUCAUGAGGCCUCAUUUGGCCAUCACUAGCUAAAAUUACCAUUUAUUUAAAUGGAGUCUGGUGUCUUUGGGGUUAGAGGUUUCGAGGCUGUUUCUGGUUAAACAAAAAGAUAUGUCUCUGUUGGGAUCCUUUUCAUAAUGUUCCACAAAGUAGGUUUUUCUUUAUUUAUUUUAUGAUAUUGUCAGCAGUUCUCAUUAUUUUGUCCGAUCCCUGUAUCAGAUAUCAGUUUAGUCAAACACUUAGAGUCGAGAAUUUACAGUGUGACUCAAAAAGAAGAAACUCUCCAGACAUACGGUGACACUUGCAUCACCUCAUGAAGGAUUUUAAUAUGUUGUUCAAAUUGGAUUGUUAAUAGGUUUAAUUUGUUGUUGUAGUUUAGAGAGGACUGUGUUUGUAAAUAGUAACUUCCUGCUCACAUGACCUCGUACGGAUAUGUUGUUAAUAUACUCACAUUAAAAUGUUGUGUAUAUAUAGGGUAAUUUAUUUUUAAUAUAUGUAUGGUAUCACUUCAAAACAGCAGUUAACUACACAUCAGAGUAAUGAAGCAUGUUCAUCACCUUUUUUGUUUGCUUUUAAUGUUGGUGGAUGAUGCUGGAUGAAGUAACAGGAAGUUCUUCCAGUACCUGCACUGUUGAAGCUGUAGGUUGGACUUUUGCUGGUGCAAUAGUUUUGCCAGAAUAGUUUAUAGAAACAUUUUGUGCAUGUGUAUUUUAGCCAUUUUAUUGCUUCCCAUUUAUUCUCAAUACUAAACUAGACGCUCUUCAUGUCUGACCAUGUGGUAUCCAUGUAAAUAUGUCUGUGCAUAUGUGUAGAUACUGAAUCACUAACUGAAUGAUUGAAACCUAUUUAAUAUUCUAUUUAACCGUCAAAGCAAAUUAUCACAUGUUGAUUUGUUAUGAAUACACACACAGUUAUAGGAAUGUAUGUUUUAAAGGUCAAAUUGUGUUGCCCACUUUUGGUCUUAGAGGAACUUUAUUUUGGCGAUGCAUCACAUUAUUUUAACCUGAACAGAAUGUCUCUAUAAAUUAUGUUGUGUUAAUGUCUCCAGAUAUUUUAUGUAACACUGAAUCUUUGAAUAAAGACUGUUU